CCUCACCGCAGUGUCAGGUGAGUUAUAUCAGAUAGGAUGUGAAGGAGAAGAUCGCAGAUGAUCCUAACUUCGAACCUUCCUUCUCGAUCUACCGAUGCCCGACAUAUAAAAAGUGGUGGACUCUGAGGUCAAUUGGAUUUUUUGGCGUCUUGCGGUCUUGCCGGAAAAGCGCUCUCUCAUCUGAAUUGUUCUGUAAUUCGGCCUCGUUCUUAGACCUAGGGUUUCUGCCAUUUCUGACAUUUUUAUCGAUUUGCUCUCGUUUCAUUUAUCUUACAAUGGCUAAUUCCCAUAAAGGAACCCUAUAUGGCGCAGGUCCUUACAGAUCUAGGGAAGGUCUUAGCACGAGAUCAGUGCCUAAUUCAAAUGAAAUACAGUUGCAGAUCGAUCCGAUGCACGGUGAUUUGGACGAAGAGAUUACUGGCCUCCAUAGAAAGCUUAGACAACUGAAAACGGUAGCUCAAGAAAUAGAGACAGAAGCAAAAUUUCAGAAUGACUUUCUUGCGCAGUUGCAAAUGACAUUAAUCAAAGCUCAAGCAGGGGUAAAGAACAACAUGAGGAGGUUGAACAAGAGCAUAAUCCAGCAGGGCUCGAACCACGUCUUCCAUGUUAUCUUGUUUGCACUAUUUUGUUUCUUCUUAGUCUACCUGUGGUCCAAGUUUUCUAGGAGAUGAGAACAAGAUUUGUUAUUUCAUUUAUCAAGGCCAAACUAUAGUAUACAUUAGGUCUUUGCUAGCUAUAUUAACAGCUAAAAAAAAUCAAAAUGUUGGUUCCUUGUAAAGCCGCUUUCAUAUUGGAAUGGGUCGUUGUUAGUUGCUUGCCUUGUAAAGGUAAAACUUAAUACCAAUGUCUAAUACAUUUUAACAUCAAUACUUCA